AUGGCUGUCUCGACUCAUUAUGACGGGGAAUCGACCGACUCCAAGUUUAUCAUAGACUUUUGGAAUAAGAGAGAGUACAACAUAGACGGGUUAAAUUGCACCGAAUCUUCAGUGUUUCUGGAAAUGGUACCAAGGUGUGUUCCUGAUAAUGCUCAGUAUCUGGGAUCUUCUUACAUGGGCGGAGGGAACAACCAAAUAGCUUUCGAUUCUUGGAACUUCUUUAUGGCUGGCUGGAAUACAAACAUCACGAUAGCCCUUAGCCAGGGCGACUGUACGCCAUUAGCUGAGGCGGUGAUCACGCUGACUAAAGACGCUAAAUCAUCCAUGAUGGCUGUGUUUACGAGCUUCACUCCUGGCAUUAAAGACCCCAGUGUGUUUGUCCCCCCUCCAGGCUGUCAGUCUAAUCACAAACAGAAAUCAUUGAGAAAUGUUUCUGUCAAUAUUCAAGAGAACAACAUGGCAUGA